AUGGAGGUAUCUGCCGGAAAAGUGUCCACCGCCUUGGCCAGAGGACUCAUCACCAAGCCGCUGGAUUUCCGUGUUGGAGUAGGCUCGGCUGGUAUACUUGGCAACCGUGGCAUUCCACUCGGCCUCGUACUGCUCGCCUCUUGCUGGACACUCGGCAAAGAACUGAUAAACCUGGUCUGGCACGUUGAAGUGUUUUUCUGGGUCCAUGCCCCAUUUUCUCUUGAGCUGCGCAACGUUGUCAACGCCAAGAGCCGCGCCGUGCGCGGACGACUGGCCCUCGUUGAGGGCACCAAUGCCAAUAACCGUGUGGAUGUUGAUGAACACGGGCUUCUUGAUGUCGCGGGCCUUGCUGAUAGCGUCGACAAUGCCGUCGACGUUGUCGGAACCGUCUUCAACCUCGAGCACUGCCCAGUUGCUUGCCUCCAUUUUUUUGUUCACGUCCUCGGUGUUGGUCAGAUCAACGCUGCCGUCAAACGUGAUCUCGUUGUUAUCGUACAGAACGACCAGGUUGUCCAGUCCCAAGUGGCCGGCCAGCGAGAUCGCCUCCAGAGCAACACCUUCCUGCAAACAGGCGUCGCCGACAAUGCAGUAGAUGGUGUUGUCCACCACCGCGAUAUCGGGCCUGUUGUACAGAGAGGCCAGGUUUUUGGACGCAAUGGCCAGUCCAACGCAGUUGGCAAUUCCCUGGCCCAACGGCCCGGUGGUCAGCUCGAUUCCAGGGUGCUCGAUCUCGGGGUGGCCGGGACAGAAAGAGUCGACCCGCGUGGAGUGGUACGUCUUGAGCUGCUCCAUAGUCAUGUGCUUGUACCCGGUCAGGUGCAAGAACACGUACUGGAACAGACACGUGUGGCCGUUGGACAGAACAAUCCGGUCGCGGUUGAAGAAGUCGGGGUUGUUCGGAGAAUAUCUCAUGGAGUACUUCCACAGAGCAAUACCCAUGGCAGCCAUGCCCAUAGCGCCGCCGGGAUGGCCGCCGCCGUACUGCUGGACAAGGUCAGCAAUGAGGCAUCUGAAGGUGCCCAGAACAAGGUUGUGUGA